AUGCCCUUCUUCUACAGGGCUUCUCAGCUUGACUUGGCCAGUAUUGUUGAGAUGGAACCAGAGGAAGCUUCGAAAGGUUUCCUGAAGAGCUUGCAAAGUCCCUUUACAGGUGAUGAAAGUAAAAAUAAUUUGGAAACAGUUCAACAUAAUAAUCCUGGGAAAGAAAAAGAGAGAGCUCUUAAAUGGACCAAAAGGUAUGGCCCACAAAAUUCCAAACAUGAAGAUACAGAAGAAAUACUGUUGAUGUGGGCCCAAGGGGAUGAGAACUGGUGUCAUGAAGAAAAUGAUGGUAGGUCAGAGCUUCAGGGACAUUCUACAGAAGAGCAGGAAAAACCCAGCCACAGGGCGUGGGGCCCAGGAGAACACGCCAUGGUCUCUGUUGGGCAAAAGUCACCUUACAGAGACAAACCCUACACAUGUUCCCAGUGUUGGAAAAGCUUCACUAACAGUUCCCACUUGCGCACUCACCAGCGAACUCACUCAGGAGAAAGGCCUUACAGAUGUUCCGAGUGUGGGAAAUGCUUCUGUAACAGUUCUCACCUCAUCCAGCAUCUCAGAACACACACAGGAGAGAAGCCCUACCACUGUGGGGCAUGUGGGAAAAGCUUCAGCAAUACCUCCCAUCUUAUUGUACACGAGAGAACUCACACAGGAGAGAAACCCUACAAAUGUCCCGAGUGUGGCAAGGGUUUUGGUAGCAGCUCUCAUCUCAUCCAGCACCACAGAUCCCAUACAGGUGAAAAACCCUAUGAGUGUCCUGUCUGCGGCAAAGGCUUCAGCCACAGCUACGUCCUCAUAGAACACCAGAGAAUCCAUACCGGAGAAAAACCUUACACGUGCCCCGACUGUGGGAAGCGCUUCAGUCAGAGUUCCAGCCUGAUUCGCCACCAGCGGACACACACGGGGGAGAAGCCCUACAAAUGUGCUGACUGUGGAAGAGGCUUUGCUUGUAAUUCCACACUAACAAAGCACCAGAGAAUCCACACGGGAGAAAAACCUUACCAGUGUUCAGAAUGUGGUAAGAAUUUUAGUCGAAGUUCAAACCUUGUUACGCACCGGAAGACACACACAGAAAAAUUCUGUGAAAGCGCAGAAUACAAAGAAAGCCCGAGGCAGAGCUACGGCGUGGAAGAAGACAGCCGGAUCCAGCCAGGGGACAAGCCGUACAGAUGCUGCGAGUGUGGCAAGAGUUUUGGCCUCAGCUCCCACCUCAUUAGACACCAGAGGACGCACACUGGAGAAAAACCUUACAGGUGUCCCGAGUGCUGGAAAACAUUCAGUCAGAGUUCCACCUUGGUCAUUCACCGGAGGACACACACGGGGGAGAAGCCGUAUCAGUGCCCUGACUGCGGAGAGUCCUUCAGUCAGGGCUUCAACCUCAUCCGGCACCGCAGGAGCCACGUGGGAGACAAGCCCUACAAGUGUGCCGACUGUGACAAGUGCUUCAGCCGGAGUGCCUACCUCACUCAGCAUCGCAGGCUUCACCCAGAGAAGCCGUUGCACUCUCCUGCUGUUGGAGACAAUAUCCUUCACGAAUGGAGCUGGAAGAACUGUGCAGCAGAGAUGGCCCUCGUGCCUUCGUCUUCAGUCUCACACGCAUCUUCCUGA